GACACGUCUUCGCAAGUGUUCAACCAUUAGUUGUAUUUAAACGGGACAGUUUAUCACUGUGUUUGAAUUAGGACUGGGAGGAGGGCUGGUCAGAUUGACUUGUAGUAGGAGCCAUAUGUUCAGUCCUCACGCGGCUGACGCAACGUUGUCUGUCCAGCAGUGGCUCACGUGGUCGAUGGUAAAUGCGCCUUUAAUCACUACUCGCACACACUUUAUUUUUGGCCAAAAUGCCGGAGGGUUUCACUCUGCUGCUGCCUGGGAUGCUGCUAUGUGGCAUGCUUCUGCACAUGGUGUCCCAGCACGGAGUUGAUAAGCCCAAUAAGAAGCCCAAUUUCAUCAUUAUACUGGCCGAUGAUAUAGGCUGGGGUGACCUGGAUGCUAACCUGCCUGAAGAGAGGGCAAACAACACACCUCACCUCAACCUGAUGGCCCAGCAAGGACUAAGGCUGACAGACUUCCACUCUCCAGCCUCAACCUGCUCUCCAUCCCGCGCUGCCAUCCUGACAGGCCGCUAUGGUUUAAGGAAUGGGGUGACUCAUAACUUCGCUGUGGGCUCUGUUGCCGGUUUGCCUCUGUCUGAAGUUACCUUGCCUCAGUUGCUACAGAAGGCGGGAUAUUACACCGCCAUGAUCGGGAAAUGGCAUCUCGGCCACAAUGGACAAUAUGGUCCAACUAACAGAGGGUUUGAUUACUACUUAGGUGUUCCUUACAGUAAUGACAUGGGCUGUACAGACACACCUGGAUAUAAUCUGCCGCAGUGCUUCCCCUGUGACUCAUUUGGUCCUCAAGUGAUCAGAUUGAAGAGGCGUGUCCAUGGAGGCUGUUAUUCCAAAGUGGGCCUUCCUUUGAUUGAAAACAGCAGUAUUGUGGAGCAGCCCCUUGACCUGUGGACUCUAACCGAACAAUACAAAUCUGCCGCACUCAGAAUCAUACACAAUGCAAGGGAGCGAGAACAGCCCUACCUUCUCUAUAUAGCAUUGGCUCACAUGCACGUUCCCUUGGCCCCUCCCCUCCCCCCAGAUGCCCCCUCCCAUCACCUACAUGAUGGCAGAGUGUAUGCUGCCAGCCUGCGAGAGAUGGACAGCCUGGUGGGGGCAGUAAAGAGCGCUUCUGAUGAUGCAAAUACUCUCAUCUGGUUCACUGGUGACAAUGGUCCUUGGGAACAGAAGUGUCAGUAUGCAGGAAGUGUAGGACCCUUCAAAGGAACAUGGCAGAGCAGCAGAGGUGGAGGUUCAGCUAAGCGGACCACCUGGGAAGGAGGUCAUAGGGUGCCAACAGUGGCCUAUUGGCCUGGUGUAAUCCAUGCAAACACCACCAGCGCCGCCCUGCUCAGUGGUAUGGACAUUUUCCCAACCCUUCUGUCCCUGGCAGGGGUAACACCACCCUCAGACAGACGUUACGAUGGCAUUGAUGCCACAAAUGUCCUCUUGCGUGGAGAACAGACCGGUCACGAGUUUCUCUUCCACCCGAAUAGCGGUGCUGCAGGGAAGUUUGGUGACCUGCAGGCAGUUCGAACAGGAAAAUACAAAGCUUUCUACAUAACAGGUGCAGCUGAGGCAUGUGGUGGUUCUACAGGAACUCAGCAGCUCCAUGACCCACCAUUAAUAUUUGAUCUGGAACGUAACGAGGCUGAGGAAACACCCCUUGAGGCCGGGACGCCUGAAUACCAGGCGGCUGCAGAGAAAAUCGCCCGCAGGAGGGAGGAGCUGUUAUGGGACAUUGCCACUGACUCAUCUGUGUCUGCAUCAGACUACACCACAGACAAGUCAGCAGCACCCUGCUGUGACCCGACACAGACUGUUUGUCGCUGUCGCACGCUGGGCUGAGGGUGGGAAGACAU